AUGGGUGAAAAAGUAAUAGUAAUGUUUUAUGUAAGUGUGUUGAUGUUUGUGAUACAACUGGUUGGGUAUGUAAGUGGUCAGUGCCCGUGGUCUCGAUCGGCUCAACACAUAGACCUCCACUCAGAUUGCAUCUGUGGCUAUAAUAACGUACAAAGAUUGUCAAUACAGUGCAGUCCCGUUAACUUCACUCAACUCAUGACUGCCAUACAUCUGUCAGUACAGAAAAUACCAAUUGAUAUGUUGUAUAUAAACAACUCGACAAUGACUACCAUUCCUGGAGGUGUAUUCAAGAACCUGGAUGUUCUCAAUUUACAGAUAUCUAACAGCAAACUUGAAAAUAUAGCAAUUGACGCAUUCAGUGGAUUAGAGGAUAAACUGAUAACAUUAAGCAUUCAAAACACUUUUAUCAAACAAUUACCUCAUUUGCAAAUUCAAUCACUUCGUGCACUUAAAUCCCUUGACUUGUCUAACAAUAAAUUGAGUUUAAUUGAAGACAAUUCAUUUGCAAACAUGCAAUUGAAUACAAUUAAAUUGUCGGACAACAACAUCACUAUAAGUGAAGGAGCUUUCAAUGGUUUGGAGUCGACGCUCAAGAAUCUCAACCUAAAGGCAACAAAUUUGAUGUCAAUUCCGACGGCUAUUCGGAAUCUGUCGUCUUUGGCUUUCUUAGACUUGGCUCAGAACCGAUUGAAUGACAUAAGUGGUGAUGUAUUUAAAAGUAUGGAUUCAUUGACGGCCAUCAAUCUCGAGCGCAACCAAAUUGCUCGCCUCCACGACCGGGCCUUCGUUGGCAUUAAUGACUCGUUAAGUUCGUUGUCGUUAUUAAACAAUUUAUUGGAUGACUUCCCCUCUCAGGCUAUAUCACAGCUAACAGGACUUCGUGUAUUGGAUUUAGGCUUUAAUAACAUACAGGAGAUACCGAUUUGGGCGUUUCGUGACAAUACUCUAUUAACGUUAUUAGCUCUGGACGGCAAUCCAUUAAAUACCAUUCCCUUCCAAGCCUUUCAACACUUGAACAGUACUUUGAGAGGCCUCAGCAUUGGUGGUAAACAUCUUGACUGCGAUUGUAGGAUGAAAUGGAUCGCCCAAUGGAUUGGUGAUCACAACCUACAGGUGACCAGUCGUGAGAGAAACCCACAGUUCUGUGCAAAACCUGAUAGUUUGAGGCGAAAAAGUUUUCUUCAUAUAAACCAAUCGGAACUAAUUUGCAAUGAAAAUGAGGUAAUCGUUGAGAAACAGUCAGCAGGGGAUCAGAUGCCAUCCCAUAUAUCGACAACUACUACUACAACAACUACUACUACCACCACUACUAUAGCACCACAAUCUCAAAGCUCAGACCACAACAGUGCUGACGAAUCUUCUUUAUUAUCGGCGUCUUCUUUAUUGAAGGUUCAUUCAACUCAUACUAAUGAUGGCUCCAAUGGAUCCAUAUAUGAAUUGAUGGAUUCAACACCACCGAUGACAACAACAUUAACGCCUCUUUCCAGAAGUUCAGAAAAUGUGAAAAAAUCGCCAUUAAGUCGUGCAAUGUUUGGCAGCGAUAGUAUCAAAGUUAUUGACGCCUUCUUUCAUAACAACUCUAUUAACAUUGAAUGGGAACCCAUUAAGUCCAACAACGCUGGCUAUCAAGUGGUCUAUCGUUUCUUUGGCAGUCGAGACUUCAAGAAAGGACCACUUAUGCCAUCUCAUCAACGAAGAUAUAAGACACCACAGAUACCAUCAAAUGAAUGCAUUGUUGUCUGUAUUAUCAGUUUAGAAGAUCACUCGUAUAAUAAACUAAAUAACAUUCCUCUGAGUCAGUGUCGGGAACUAAGACGAGAUGUUCAGCGAAUCAGUGAUUUGGAUAAAAUAGUUAUAAUAGUUUCGGCAUCUGUUUGUAUAUUUGUUAUCUUUGCUGUCUUUAUAUUCAGCUGUUGUUACCAUCGAAGCAAUAAAUCAACCAAAACUACUACUCCAUUAACAAAAUCAGAGCACGAGUGGGAAACGGUAUCUGUAUAUAGCACUCGUAGUAUACCCAGAGCUCGUAUGUAUCACAUGGACAGCACUGCCAUUAACUCUCCAAAUAGUUUAGGGUUAGAUGAAACACGUUCUCAUGUAUCGAACUGCUAUCAGACAACUAACCCCUAUAUGAAACAUCGGUCCAUAGCUGACGGACAAUCAAACAGAUCGUAUUCAAUGGCCAGACAUUCACAAAGUAUUGGCGAUAAUACAGAGCUUACAAAAUCUCACCAAAGCCUGUCCGCACUGUCCCGACAGCACACACACACUAAUAGUCAUAAAAAGCAACGAAAGAAAACUAAUCAAAACCGACUGAUCUCUACCAACUCAUUGCACUCUUUAACCGAAUACGAGUCCGAUUGUCACUGGAAUUAUGGUUCACAUCCAAGAAUUGCUAACAAUUGGAAAGACAAUGCACUCGACAUAUAUGUCGAUCAAAACUAUGUCAUCUCAACCAAUGGUAGAAACAAAUAUCUUAAAUAA